AUGGCUGCCGAGCUCGCCAACGAGCGCGGCGACGCUCGCCAGGCGGCAGCGGUGAAGGCCUUCGAGGCCCUAGGGAUAUGCACGCAGCUGGCUGAGUCUGCAGCGGGACUGGGGUGGAAGGAGCCGUCCGAAAUCCAGACCCAGGCUGUCCCACUCGUCCUGAAAGGCCAGGACGUCAUCGGACUGGCGCAGACCGGGUCUGGGAAGACAGGGGCCUUUGCCCUGCCCAUCCUCCAGCAAUUGCUGGACACGCCGCAGCCCUUCUUUGCACUGGUCCUGUCCCCCACCCGCGAGCUGGCCAUCCAGAUCUCCGAGCAGUUUGAGGCCCUGGGCGCCGGCAUCGGGGUGCGGGCUGCGGUGCUGGUUGGCGGCAUCGACAUGAUGGCGCAGGCCAUCGCCCUCGCCCGGCGCCCGCAUGUGGUGGUGGGCACGCCUGGGCGGGUGGUUGACCACCUGACAAACACCAAGGGCUUCUCCCUGCGGGCGCUGAAGCACCUGGUGCUGGACGAAGCCGACCGCCUGCUCAACAUGGACUUUGAGCAGGAGAUCGACACCAUCCUGAAGGCCAUCCCGAGGCUUUUCUCCGCCACGAUGACCAGCAAGGUGGCAAAGCUGCAGCGCGCCUGCCUGCGCAACCCCGUCAAGGUGGAGGUGGCGGCCAAGAACACCACGGUCGCCACCCUACGCCAGGAAUACAUGUUUGUGCCGGCCAAGUAUAAGGACUGCUACCUCGUCUUCCUCCUCACAGAGCUUGCCGGCGCGAGCACCAUCAUCUUCACGCGGACCUGCGACACCACGCGGCGCAUCGCGCUGAUGCUGCGCAACCUGGGCUUCGGCGGCGUGCCCAUCCACGGCCAGAUGAGCCAGCCCAAGCGCCUGGCGGCCAUGAACAAGUUCAAGGCCGGGGAGCGGAGCAUCCUGGUGGCCACGGACGUGGCAUCCCGCGGCCUGGACAUCCCCUCCGUCGACUUUGUGCUCAACUACGACGUCCCCGUCAACGGUAAGGACUACGUGCACCGUGUGGGGCGCACCGCCCGUGCAGGUCGCUCCGGGCGCGCCGUCACCCUGGUCACGCAGUACGACGUGGAGCUGUACCAGAAGAUCGAGGCGCUGAUCGACAUGAAGCUGGAGGCCUACCCCGCGGAGCAGGAGGCGGUGCUGGUGCUGCUGGAGCGUGUGAGCGAGGCCCAGCGCAUCGCCACCAUGCAGAUGAAGGAGACCGACUCGCGUAAGCGCGGCCGCAAGUCGGCGGUGGACGACGACGAGCGCGACGCUGAGGGCGGGGCGCGUGGCGGCAAGUCCCCUCCCCGCAAGCGCUGA